GUCUUCCUGAUCGCUCUGUUCCAGCUUCCAGUCUUUCCCCUUCCUCCGAUCCUUCGUUCUACCUCCCCAGUCCCUGUCGGAUCGUAUCCUUGCUUUGAAUCGAAGCGAAGAAAAGUAGCGGAUGGGCUACGGUUGCUGAGGAAUUAGGUUUUUUUGCAACAAGAAAUGGGGUCUACUCGUGGAAGUCGAUCGUCCACCAAGAUGUGGGAUUCUGCCGCCAUGGAUGCCCGAUUCAGCUCUCUGGAGCUCAGGGUAUCCUUCGGCGAUGUCUUCAGCGGGUAAGUGCCGAAUCCAUUUAAUGGAUUUGUUCUAACGUACGUCAAAAUCCUUUUCCUUAUUGAUAUUGAUUAUUGUGCUGGUUCUGUUGAUUUGGAAAACGUUGGUUUCUUCGGUAUUAUUGGUUGCUUGAUUCUUGAUUUCUUGAUGCUGAUUUAUAUUGUUCUGUUAUCGCUCUUUCUUUUUGAUAGUUGGGGAAGUAUUAAUGAAUGGCUUGUGAACGAAAGAUGCAUUACAUUUGGCAAAAUGCAAAGACAACACGAUCUUGGGCUUGCUGAUGCAUCCGAACAGUAGCAUUCAAGAUAGCUAGAGACAUAUUGGUCUUUUGUGCUACUGACGUGACAUGCAUCCAAGUCAUACGGAGAGGAUGGCUAUUGAUGAUUGUCAAUGAUGGAUCGAAAGUUGAAAUCCAUUGGAAGUUAGAAGGGAAAAACAUGGUUCAAAUGGACCUUAUGGACAAAGGAAAUUUGGUAGCUUUGAUGAGUGAUUGAGAUAAUUUGUGGAUCUAAUGGCAUAACUACAAUGUUCAUUUGUUGAUGGAAGGUAAGGUCCUUGGAUGACUUGUAAUUGUAGAUGCAAUUACAUAAAGUCACCUUCUGAGUUGUGCCAGCAGUAAACUAUUCAAUAUCUUAAAUGAAAGUUGAUUGUGUGGGAAGUAAGUUUUUGGACAAAACAUACUAACCCUGCAGAAUGAGAAUGUCUGGAAGAUAAAGAAUUAAAAUGAAACUGAAGAUUAAGAAAUAAAAUAUUGGUCACUCAUGCCAGGUAUUGGUUGCGCUGGUGUAUCUUGUGGUGCCGAUCAACUCUAGGCGCAUAUAACCCUUAUUAAUUUUUUUUAUCUUAAAAAAAAAUUAAAAUAUGUUUAGAAGAUCUGUUGUGGACCAUAUAUCAAAUAUACAUAUGUAAAAAUAAAAAAAUUAAAAUUACAUGAAGUUAGCACAUUUUACAUGAUACAGGAUAUAUGUAUUACCCAUGCAUCACAGUUAUAUAAAGUACCAUGUUGGUUUGGGAGGUGGAUCUAGGUUCACAAUGUCAAGUGUGCGGGGAGCAAUAUUAUAAUUCUGAAAAAUAUUAUAUGAAUGAUAUUGUUUCCAUGAUUUUUAAUAUUGAUAAAACUAGAAACUGCCGCCGCCGAGGGGGAGAUGGUUAUUCUAGGUAUGCAAACCAAAAGAAUGAUGAUGCAACAAGUAUCACCAAGGUCGUUAAGGAUGCAAACCAAAUUUCCAAUUUUCGGUAUGCUGUCAUCAAUUGCAGUAUAACUUGCAUAUCCUUUGUUAAUCCAUCUUCAAAUUUCAUUACACCAUAUUCAAGGCAAGUUCGAGAGUAAUGCUAGCUGGGAUAGUGGUAUAGAUGAAUUACAGGGCACCAGGACUAUUUUCAACUGUGAAAAACCAAGUAGCCUAGUAUCACAGGCACUGGUUCUAUACUCAUACCAAGGUCAAGGAUAGAUGAGUCUAAAGGAGGAACUGCUCGAACCACUGUAAGAUAACAUAUUUAUUUGACAGCAGAAAAAUAUUUAUAUCAUCCUAAUACAACAAAUAAGGUAGAAAAUAGAGAAAAUAAGUGAUAUCUGCUUCAGAAGAUGCAUCUGAUGGAUUAGCACUGAAAUUUUCAGUUCAGAAGGGAAUAGUAGACAAGAUGAUGUAAGUUUUGUACUUUGGUAUUGUGAUGCGGAGGCUUAUCAGGAUAUUCUGAACCUAAAGAUAGAUCUUUAUUUCCAUGGUCCAAUCUCAAAAUCAGUAAGGUAUUCAAUGUCUAACAUUAAAUCUAUAUUUUAAGGAUCAGCUAUCAGUAAGCGAAUCAGGUACCACAGUAGUACACUCUGUGAAAGAAAUUUUGGACUACACAGCAUUUUAUUAUAAUAUUAAGGUAAAAUGACUAUCAGAUCUUGGGAUUAAAGAUCUUUUAUAUUCUUCUGAUGUGGGUAAUUGAGAUAUUAUGUUAUUUCAACCUCUCCUACAUGGUAGCCACUCAGCAGGUACACUUCAUCUGAGGAUGUGUCUAUAAGUGGCUCAAUAGUUCUCCAUAGCGAAAAUGAUGAACCUGGUUCUCCUCAUUUAUGAAAGUCUAAGUUGGGAAUUCAAGCAAAGACAUCAAGCAUCUCCACCGAUAAUAAUGCUAUGAACCUUGCAGAAGUUUCCUUAUAUUAGAACAAAUACAUGCAUAUAGAAGACUUGGAUACUCUAUUUCUGACCCUUUACUUCAUGCAUAUGAUGGCACACCAUAGGCAGAAGCUACAUUACAAGGGGGGCUGAGAAAAGGAAGUUAUUGGGAAAGACAUUUACUGAACAAAAAAAAAGGAUUCUAUUUAAAAUGAAAUGAUUGAAAGGACAAACAUCUUAGAAUCAUCUAGGUACAUGAACUUUCAGAUUUUCAAUGAUUAGGAAUGUUAUGUUUAGUUCUUGGUUGUAAUUAUUUCUUAUAAGACUAGCAGCAGCAGCAGCUUUUUUCCCUGCAUUAUCAUUGUUGACAAUUGCUUCCCUAUAGGAGGUGCUGUUUACGAGCUAGACAUAUUCAUUUAGAUUAUAUGCUCUAACUAUGUCAUAAGAAUCUGCUACUUUUGUGAUUAUUCUUCUGUAUUGUUAAUUAUGAUUCUUUUGCCAUUAGUUGUACAAAAGCUUGAUAAUCAUAAUGAAGAUCGCUACAGCAACUAGAUAUAUUUGAAAAAGAAACUCGUUAGAACCAUGUAGUCCCGGUUAGAUUUGUGGGAGCUUCUUAGGUUGGUUAAUUGGAAUUAACUUUGAGAGCUUUUUAGAUAUCUAUCAUUCCAUAGAUCCUACUAGAUUUGUUCCCUUCUAGUUCAUGACAUGAGAAUAUAGCAUCCUUGUUAAUUUGGAUCUACAUAUAUGGUGAUAUCCUACAAAUUAAGUCACCAUAAGGAAAAAAAAAUGGUUGCUGAAAUGUGUGUGUGUGUGUGUGUGUAGGGUUGAGACCUAAAAUGUUUUACCUUCAAAUCAGUUGUAAGCCUUUAAAUUAAAGAUCAACUCUGUUGAACAUGAGCUACAUUGUUCACAGAGACUAAUGAAAAAUCAUAAUUUUGAAAGCAUCCUUAUACAUUAUGUAAAAGUAAAUAUAUGCAGUUUUGGGAGCAUAAAAUAUAUUUUUAGUGGAUCAAUAAUAUAGAAAUUAUAUGGAUUUUCUAUGAGUGAAUGCUCUUAGAAUUGUUCAUUUUGUGUUAGUUUAAUGAACCUUGUUUUUAUAGAUGUUUUAAAUGUUGUAAGAUCAUGUUUAACAGAGGUGACAUUCAAUUUGCAAACUCCAUGGUUGAUUCUAAUGUGAUAGGAUUGAGGUCUCAAACUUCCACGAGGGAUUCUUGCUCAAAUCUUUCUUUUAUGUACAUGUACGCAAUUGAUCAAAUCAAGAUCCAAAUAAAUGCAAUAUUUAACUAGGGUGCUAAUUUUCCCAUGUCAGCAUCUUUGAAGCAUGACAUUGUAACAGAAGUUUCUGACUGAACGAAAAACUCAAAGCUUUGGUUAAGCUACAAUUUGACUCAAUGAUAAGUCACAUAGUAAUAAAUAACCAUCUGCUUUUAGAUUGUAUUAAUGUGUAAUGGAAUAAAUUUUACUCUGAUUCAAAUUCCUGCAAAGAAAAAAUUUCAACAUACUUAUGGCUAGUUUUAGUAGUAAGCAAUAUUAAAAUCGGAAUUGUGUAGGUCAGAUGCAGGUCAAACACUACAUGCAUGACAUAGUCUAAAGGUGAGAACUAAAGGUGAGAGAGCUAGCACCCUUUCUUCUUCAUAUAGAAGGGCAUGCCAUUAUACCAUUCUUUGGUCUUCAUAUGUAAACAAAAAAUAACCUUGAGAGGUUGCACAACUUAAGCUCACAACUAUUAUCAUCAAAGGAAAACAAGCAUGUGGUGUCAGAUGAUUCAAAAUUAUGCAUCCUAUCACUCACAUAUCAUGCGAAGAGUGUCAUUCAUGAUCAGAUAGAAUGAGAAAUGUACCUGCAUUCCAAUGAUUUUACUGAUUUGAGUUGAGUUUUUGAGAUUGUUCUUCCAGUUGCCUCUCCAAAUGGAUUCCCACCAAACAGUCAAAGGUUAGAAGCCUGGACCAAUAGAUGGAACAUGUGAGUAGGUAUACAUGAAUGUAGCGUACUAAAUGAGCUCAAGGUUGGAUGGAUGGAGAAAAGGAAGAAGAGAAAAGAACAGCUUGAGGUGAAACAUUGUAACUACGACUCUCUUUCAUUUGUAACAUCUCAAUCGUCCAUUAAUGACGUACCUUCCUGUCAACAGCAUGGACUCCAUCCAUCAUUCAACUACUAGUUCGUUCCAUGGUGUGCGUGCGUAUGUGUUUGUGAUCCAUAUUUUUAGUUAAAUUAAGAGUCUUUAGAAGUAAUUUUAUCGUCCCUCAUGAAGUCUUGUUAUGCCUUCAUCUGUCUCUUCUUGCAUUGUCAACUCAUUAAUCUUUAGCUAAUCACAAUGUUUAUAAGUUUGACUAGCACCUAUUUGAUCUAAUCUUAACAUCAGUUUUGAAUUUCUAAUUUCUAAGAACAUGACCAAUCCAAAACUUUGACACAGACAUUAAAAAAAUAUUUGUUAGAAAAUGGUUGGUUCAGUGUUUUUGUUAUGUUUUUCUUCCUACAUCCAUUUUUGUAGGUUUCUUCUUUUCUUUUUAUAAUAUUAUCAUUUUCUUUUAUUUUGGUAUAUUUCCUUUGCCUAUCCUGUUUUGUUCUUUCGACUAUAGAAGUUGACCAUAUUUUUCUCUUAACAACUUGACCAUAUUUUUUUGACAAAUGUGUACCACAUAUAUCUGAUUCCACAAUUUAUUGCACAUGAGUUGAAUCGGACAAAAGCAUCACUGCUUAGGUGUUAAUAUCAUAGUCUUUGAUUUUUGUUGAGAUAUCUGAAUGAUUAGUGUAUUAUAUAUAUCACUUUAAAAUGCAAUAGAUAUUGUUUUUUAAGAUCAUGAUCUUGGAUAACAUUAGAGAGACAUAUAAGAGGAGAUUCAGUGCUGUCCAUGUAACUCUACCAAUGGGAGUAGAGAGAGAUGGUGUGACAAGAAGUAGCUGUUCUGCUGUCUGAAAUGAGAGAGGGUUUGUGACAAGAACUAGCUGUCCAAUUAAUUGUCUGUAGAAAUGUGAGAGGGUUUUGGUGUGCUGCAAUUAAUGGGAGGAUGAACAAGAUAUGUGACAAUGGGGCAAGCAAAGCAGCACGCACCCCCACCUGCAAGUCUCACCGGCUUCAGCCGGCCCCUACUCUUUAUAUGCCCACAGUUUCUCCACCACCCAACCCAGACCAGCAAAAACCUUGGAAGCUGAUCACAUAGUUCUCCUACAACAAACAUCAACACAGAGGAAGACACACAUACAACAACAACAAUGGCUUCUCAGAAUGGCCAACAAAGACCGCAUCAGGAGGUCGGUCACAAAAGCCUCCUCCAAAGCGACGCCCUCUAUCAAUACAUACUGGACACCGGCGUUCUCCCCCGAGAGCCCGAAUGCAUGAAAGAACUCCGCCAGAUCACCGCCAACCAUCCCAUGAACAUCAUGUCGAUCUCGGUCGACGAAGGGCAGUUCCUGAACAUGCUGCUCAAGCUCACCAGAGCGAAGAAGACGAUGGAGAUCGGCGUCUACACUGGCUACUCCCUCCUCGCCACUGCCCUCGCCCUUCCCGACGACGGCAAGAUUCUGGCCAUGGACACUAACCGAAAGUACUACGAGGUUGGCCUGCCGACGAUACAGAAGGCCGGCGUCGCCCACAAGAUAGACUUCCGCGAAGGCCCCGCCCUCCCCGUCCUCGAUCAGCUGCUGCAAGACGAGACGAAUCACGGGUCGUUCGACUUCGUCUUCGUGGACGCCGACAAGGAGAACUACGUCAACUACCACCGGCGGCUGCUGGAUCUGGUGAAGGUGGGCGGCCUCAUCGCGUACGACAACACGCUGUGGGGCGGCGCGGUGGCGGCCCCGCCGGACGCGCCCCUGCCUGGCUACCUCCGCCACUACCUGGACUUCGUGCUGCAGCUCAACCGGGAGCUCGCCGCCGACCCGCGCAUCGAGAUCUGCCAGCUUCCGGUGGGCGACGGCGUCACCCUCAGCCGGAGGAUCAGAUGAUUGCCGAAAUGACAUGUCUGUCCUCCGUUCAUCUCCAAUAAAAUAUAUGCCGCAUGAGGCGACUACGUUUGUCUUAUUUCACGUGCGACCCAAAAUAAUUAUUAUAGCCAACCAAAUAAAGUGGGUGUUAUUAACCUUCUUUUUCCUUUUUUUAAUUUAAUGUUUUUUACUGUUUUAAAUUUGCUCAUCAAUAGCUGUUCGUGAUAUAAAUUAUUAAUUGAAGAGAAUAAAGGUUGUUUACGGA